UGUCAAGAAAACACAGACAUCAUUUGUAGAAAAUGGCAAUAGAGUUAUCUAAGAACGAUCUCACGCACACUCGCACGCCAUUUGUUUUGCUGGCCGGUACAAAAUUUAACCUCAAUCUUUUUCGUGUCCGUACACGCAAUACAUGCGCACGUAGAUAACUCUAUAGAGCUUUAUGACGUUUCGCGUACGCACACUAGUGCACCAUUUGAUUUUGCUGGCUGACAAAAUUUAACCUCACUUUAUUUUCGUGUACGUACACGCAAUACAUACGUACUUAGAUUGCUCUAUACCAGCGAUCAACUAAUUGCAUUGCUGGCAACAAUUCCUCAUACUGGAAAUAUCAAAAUUGUCAGAAAUUGGUCGUCUUGCCCCACCUUCCCCUGUGUAUUAAAUUUUCUUCGAAAAAGUUUUCGACCAAAAAAUGUCACUACCCUGUUUGACAGAUCUUUUUGUUUUGCCUUUUUUUGUUUUGCCAUCGUCUUCGUGUGAUGUGGAGCUGUUUUUUUCCUUCUGUGCGAUUUCAGCAGCUGGUCAUGUGAAUUUUCUAGUGUUAACCGAAGCGAAACCUCUCGUCCAUGAUGACUUCCGAUUGGGACAAAAUCAAGCGGCUCGCUUCCGACUUCCAGAAUGCUCAGCUGACGACCAGCUUCCAAAGGUUGUCGGAAUUGCGUCGAAGUGGUCAUGAGAAGGGCCUGCUGGAGGUGAUUUACACGAUCGAUGGCAAGGUGCGGGACGAGAUGUUUGUGCGGGGAGGCCGCAUUAAUCUGGUCGAUUUGGCCAAUGUUCAGUGAAGAGUUGGCGGAGCAAAGAUGAUUAUUGCGAACAAGAUUGUUUUUCCCUGGGUGGCGGAGGAUGUGCAGCUGCUGGAACACCACGAAUGUGGCGGAGCUGCGAUGGGGUAAAGAAGGAGGAGGAAAAGGGAAGGACAUCCGAGUAGCAAAAUGAAUAAAAAUGCAAAGUGUUUAGAUAUACAAGUAAAUGUUUGGAAAUUUA